GCCAGUCUAUCAUCGCAGAACAGCAAAAAUCAAAACCUCCGCUUUUUGACUGUCUGAACACUCGUUUGUGCGACCCGAACAUGGCAGACUGUAACUUUCUGCAGAAGGCGAUCGAUCUCGUCACGAAGGCUACAGAGGAGGACAACAAGAAGAACUUUGAGGAGGCCUUCCGGCUCUACCAGCACUCGCUCGAGUACUUUAUGACUGCGCUCAAGUACGAGCGAAACGACCGAUGCAAGCAGAGCAUUCGGGAAAAGUGCGAACAGUACCUGGAGCGCGCAGAAAAGAUCAAAAAGCACAUUGAUUCCACCAAAAACGGCGGCUCUGACAAGAAAAAGGCCGUUGCUGCUGGCAGCGCACCAUCCAAGAACGGAACGGGUGGUGACGACGACGAUGACGAGGAUCCUGAAAAGAAAAAGAUGCGUGGUGCACUUGCCGGCGCCAUCGUCUCGGAAAAGCCAAACGUCAAGUGGGAUGAUGUGGCUGGCCUCGAGCAAGCCAAGGAGGCCUUGAAGGAGGCUGUCAUUCUGCCGAUCAAAUUCCCACAGUUGUUCACUGGCAAGCGCACCCCGUGGCGUGGCAUCUUGCUGUACGGGCCGCCCGGUACCGGCAAGAGUUAUCUUGCCAAGGCAGUUGCGACAGAGGCGCAGGCAACCUUCUUCUCCAUCUCCUCAUCCGACCUUGUGUCAAAGUGGCUCGGCGAGUCUGAAAAGCUCGUCAAGCAGCUGUUUGAAAUGGCACGCGAAAACAAGCCAGCCAUUAUCUUUAUCGACGAGGUUGAUUCGUUGUGUUCCUCCCGUAGCGACAACGAGUCUGAAUCUGCUCGCCGCAUCAAGACCGAGUUCUUGGUUCAGAUGAACGGCGUUGGUGUGGACAAUGACAAGGUUCUUGUGCUCGGUGCCACCAACAUUCCAUGGGCACUUGAUGCUGCCAUCCGACGACGAUUUGAAAAGCGCAUUUACAUUCCGCUGCCAGAGUUUCCAGCUCGUGUAAAAAUGUUCCAGUUGCACCUGGGCAACACUCCUCAUUCCAUGGUCCCUCAAGACUUCCAAGAGCUUGGGCGCAUGGCAGAAGGCUACUCUGGCGCGGAUAUUGGCAUUGUUGUCCGCGAUGCAUUGAUGCAACCGGUUCGAAAAGUGCAAACCGCCACGCACUUCAAGCGCGUGCGUGGACGACUGCCAUCAAAUCCUGAUGUUGAAGUGCACGAUUUACUCUCUCCCUGCUCUCCAGGCGACCCUGGCGCAAUUGAAAUGAGCUGGAUUGACGUGCCAAGUGAGAAGCUGUUCGAGCCGAUUGUUCAAAAGAACGACAUGCUGCGCUCUCUCGCAUCGGUCAAGCCCACUGUUGGUGAGAAGGAUCUCGAGAAGCAGAUCGAGUUUACGAACGAGUUUGGCCAAGAAGGGUAAAGCCCGCUGCUGCUCCGCUCUUCCUUCUCUCACACGCUUGUACUGUUUUUUUUUCUGCCUGGUUGCUGCCUUGUAUCAGUGGUGUACGCUUUUUUGUUUGUAGUUACAUCUGUGAGUUUGUUAUCUUGGAUGAUUGGUACAAUAACGAAUUAACAUCAAGUUGUUUCA